AUGGUUCGCAAAGACCCCAUCUUCGAAGCCCGCACAAAUGUCAAGCUCCACUCCAACCGCCUCAAAAAAGAAGCCGUCCGCGCUGAAGCGACCUUCAAAUCCGAAAAAGCCAAAGCCGACAAAGCCAUGAAAAACCACGAAUUCCAAAUCGCCCGCAUCCACGCCGCCUCCGCCGUCCGCGAGAAGCGCCGCCAAGUAACCCUGAAAUCCGAAGCCGCCCGCGCCGACGUAAUCAUCAACGAACUCAAAGCCGCCCAGAGCACCCGCGACACCUCCCGAACCCUCGCGAUGGCCUCGCGGGGUCUCGACGCAGCCUCGCGCAGCGUCAACCUCGAACACCUAGUCUCGCACGCUAACAAUUUCCUUGCGCGAUCGGAGGACUUUAAGAUUGCGAGUUCGGCGAUUGAGGAUGUUGCGCAGGGUGUUUCGAUGCAGGAGUAUGGGGCUGAGGGGGAGACGGAGGUUGAUCGGUUGAUGGAACAGUUGGCUGAUGAUGCGGGUGUGGAUAUGCGGAAGAACUUGGAGGCGGAUGCGGCGCCUAAGGAGGAGGUUAAGCAGCCGCAGCAGGAUGCAGAGGUUGAGGAUGGGCUUGGGGCGAGAUUGAGGGCUCUUAGGGCUGCUAAUUGA